AACCGUUGUUCGAGGUACCGGCAAAAAAUUCAAUCUUUAUCCAAAGUAUUUUAUGUGAUCUUGUGACAAAUUUAGCGCUAAAAAAUAUAAAAUGUCAAGGUGAGUGUUUGAAUUUAUAGUACAUUUAUGUAAUUUAAUCGGAUGAGAAGCUUUCUUAACAAAAAAUGGCUUUUCAAGUUUGUAUCAAAAAUGAUACACCAUGCAAUUAAGCAUCAAAAAAAUAUGUAUAAUUGCUUGGGCUUCGUGUGGUUUUAUUGCUAUUGCACAAUUGUUUACAGCACUGGAAGAAAGAAAUUGAAGGACGUUCAAAUAGAAUGCAUGCUUAUGCGGUUAGAGGCUGGCGAAGUUUCUGAAGAUGAAGCAGAAUCUGAUGGAGACGACUUAGAUUACUACCCAAGUCGCGAAAUUUUACAAGCAGCACUUGAAGAUCUAGAAGAUGAAGAAGGUAAUGGAACUGAGGAUCAAGGACAAAAUGUUACAGAGCCUGAAAAUAUUGAAGAGUGUUCGGACCCUCCAUUGGUACAUGAUUUUGAAGAGAACUCCGAGCAAUAUUCAACUUCUCAGCAUAUUCCAUUUGAACAAAUAGAUACACGAAGAUUGAUUUGGAAAAAACGCGCGUUGGAGUAUAAAGAAGAUUCUAUUACGUUUUUGGGUAGUGCCGAUUAUAGUCCUGAACUUUUAAGAUUAGAAACUACAUUGCAAUUCUUCUCGCAUUACUUUACAGUCGAGUUAUUGGAGAAAAUAGUUGAGGAAACAAAUACGUAUUCGGUGCAGUCCAGUCCUGAUCGCCCUGAUCUCAUUAGUCUUGCAGAAUUGAGAAAAUAUCUAGGAAUACUAAUAUUCAUGUCGGUCUAUCACUUCCCAAGUGCCAGAUCAUAUUGGAGCACUAAAUUCGGAUUUAGACCAAUAAUAGAAGCAAUGCCUGUAAACAAAUUCGAAAAAAUAAGACGGAUAUUGCAUUUCAACGAUAAUACUUUACACAAGCCAGUUAGUCAUCCUAACCACGACAAAUUGCACAAAUUAAGGCCUGUCAUAGACUAUUUAGCAAUGAAGUUUUCAAGUGUACCAAUGGAGCAGCGCCUAUCUGUAGAUGAGCAAAUGUGUGCGACAAAAAUAAGCCACUUCAUGAAACAGUACUUACCCAACAAGCCGCACAAGUGGGGGUUCAAGCUUUUUGCAUUGUGUUCUCUGGCUGGAUAUUGCUAUAAUUUUAUAAUAUACUCGGGGUCAGACAAAGAGCCAAUGCUGAACAAUGAACCUGACAUAGGAGUGACUGGUAACACAGUCAAAAAGCUAACUAGAAGCGUGUCACGAAUGAUGAAUCACAUAAUAUAUUUCGAUAAUUAUUACACAUCGUUACCUCUUAUGCAUUAUAUGGUGAAAGAAGGCAUAUGGUGCUUGGGCACCGUGCAACUGAACCGCCUUGGAAAGUCCUGUAAAUUGCCAAAAAAAAAUGAAGUAAUGGCAAAAUCUGUACCCCGAGGAUCUUACGAAGAAAACUCGGCAAGUGUCGAUGGUGUGGAUUUUUCUGCCGUUAUUUGGAAAGACAACAAGCAAGUCACGUUACUUUCCACUUAUGUUGGUGCUGAACCUGUAGGUUCUAUAGAAAGAUACGAUAAAAAGGAAAAGAAAAAGGUGGCCAUUAAAUGCCCUAAAGUUAUAAAAGAGUACAACGCACAUAUGGGCGGCGUUGACCUUAUGGACUCGUUCCUGGGCAGAUAUCGCAUAAAAGUAAAGUCACUGAUUAAUUCGUGGAUAUUAUAUAAGAAAGUAUCUGCUGAAAAGAACACAAACCCUAAGGAGAUUCUAAAUCUGGCAGAGUAUAGAGCUGAAUUAGCAGACGCCCUUUGUAAAUAUGGUGAACAUAUCGUACUAUCUCGAGGUCGCCCAAGCAGAAGUUUAUCGGACGAACCACCAGCAAAACGGAAAAAUAUCCAGCAAGUGAUGCCCUCGAGAGAUGUUCGGUAUGACGGCGUGGAUCAUUUGCAACUGCCCAUAGUUAUUAAGCUGGACGAGCCUUUGUCUCGUGACGAAGUAGUUUUUGCCAUUAAGCAACAGAAAAAUAAGCGCGCGGUCGGUAUUGACUUAGUGCCUGGAGAAUUGCUUAGAUACGGAGGUGAGGAGUUGCACUCGUCUGAAAAAAGCAGAGAACAGAGUCAAAAAUUGUACCUCUGCUUCGUUGACCUUGAAAAGGCGUUUGACAUUGUCCCUCGCGAAGCUCUAUGGUUGGUGCUAGGAAAAGUAGGAUGUACGGAGUAA